AUAUAAACAGGAUCUGUCCUGUGCUUGCUACGAGCUCCUUGACUCAGCCUUUCAGUCACCACAGAAGACGACUCCACUGAGAUCUGCACCUCUGAAGUAACUCUCCUCCAAGAAGAAUGUCGAACGCUUCAGGCACCCUGCUGUCGUACAUGUUCAUGAUGCUGCUCGGCCUCACCUUGGCGUCACUGGUGCCACACGAGACAGACGACGGUGACCUCAGCGCAGAGAUUUCACUCGCCAACCGCCACUCACAGGGCUCCUUCACGAGCGACUACAGCAAACACCUGGAUGUGAAGCAGGCCAAGGACUUUGUGACCUGGCUCUUGAACACAAAGCGCGGCGGGGUGGAUGCGCAGGCCGGCGCGAAUUUGGAGAAGCGACACUCGGACGGCAGCUUCACCAAUGACAUGAACGUGAUGCUCGACAGAAUGUCAGCCAAGAACUUCCUGGAGUGGCUCAAACAGCAGGGGCGCGGUUAGCUCCUAGGUAAUCGAAUAAUAAGCCACCCAACCCUGUGUAGGUUCCAAGAUAAAAAAAAGUUUCAUUAUGCUGUUGAAACGGUAUUCAUUGCUUGUUUCCCUAUGUUUGGAAUUUCAUCAAGAAUAACUUUGUUUUGAAUACUUUUAUUCCAUUUUCAAUGUUUUAAAAUUACGGGUAAUGCAAGCCAAGGGAUUUCUUGAAUAAGGCACAUUUGUUUUGGUGAUAAAAAAAAUAUGCAGUUUGAUACAAUCUACGUGUAUUGCAAAAAACUAUUUUACGUUUGAAUAAAACACUGGUGACAGC